AGUUUUCUCAAAAAAGGCUCCAAGUUUAGGAGGCACGAAGCAAAAUUGGGGGAGCCCCUAGAAAUUAGGAAGAGUUGAAAGGCAUGCAUCCAAAAUCAAUUCUAUGUUUCUUCAAAGAGCUUCUCGAGGCAGUCGCGUUCAACCUGCGCUGUAUGAGAAACGUUAACAGCUAAACAGCUCGGUGAGGUGAGCGAGAAACCACAAGCACAGCAACCCAUAAUGCUACAAAGUAAAGAGUGCGGUACGAGAGGCCGCGAGACGGGGAAAUCAUCGACCCACCUGAAACUGACUGCUGUGACUAAAGCACGCGCACCUGCUGAAGAGGAACUCGAAACGCGGUUUGAACAGUAAUCUCAAGGAACAACGGAAUGGCAAAUGAAUGUGCAUUGACAGAAACGUUCCAUUUCAAUGUUGGAGGAUGGUUCUUCUCUGUUCCCAAAUCACAACUGGCUCAGUUUCAGGAUUCUGUGUUGUAUAAAGAAGCUUCAAGCCAAACACAACCAGAAGGAUCCAGGUUGUUUAUAGACAGAGAUGGAUUUGCAUUCAGACAUGUACAUUAUUUUCUUCAUACGUCAAAACUGGCCUUGACAAGUUCUCCUGAUCUAGAAUUACUGUACGAGCAGGCAUCAGCCUUUCAGUUGGCCCCAUUACUGCAGAUUCUAGAUAACCUAAAAAAAGGCAAGUACCAUUUACGUGUGAGGCCCGUAGAUGUACCUGUCGCUGAAAGAGCAUCAUUUAAUUACUGGAAAACAAGGAGGUGCCACAAGAAGUCAGCAGAAUUUCCCAUUAAAAAUCCAUCCUUCACAGGUUUACAUGAAAAAGCACCACUGGGACUGAUAGGUACGCCAUUGCUAGAUUCAGAAGAAGAAGUCCAGUAUUGUUUUCUUUCAAUGGAUUUAGUGAAAAAGUAUCCUAGCUUGAUCAAGGAUAACAACUUGCUCUGGUUAUGUGAAGAUGUCGUUCUGAUAGAAUCUGGAUACAAUGAAUUUCGCUUUGUAGCUAAUUUUCUACAUUCUGGGAAAGUUUUACUACCAGAUGACUUUUCAGAAUUUGACUCACUAGAAGCUGAAGCUGAAAACUUAGACAUUUUAAACUUGAUAGAUGCCGUGAAAUUGUAUAAGAUGACCACAGGUGGAUGCUCUGGCGGAAGUUGUCCCCCCGGGCUUUGAGGGAGCGGAGGUCGAAGCUGUGGGCUCCCAUCGAUCAAACCACCGUAUGUCUUGGUCUUAGACCUGUUGAUAAAAUACCCUGAUUCAGCACUGGGGCAGCUUCAUAUAGAGAGCAGUUUAGAUGGGAGCAGACUGUACAUUGUUGGCAAUGGUGUGUUGUUUCAACAUGUCAGGAACUGGCUAGGAACUUGCAGACUGCCUCUCACUGAAGAUGUUUCCCAGAUACAUGGCUUUUGUGCUUAUUUGGACAGUAUGGACACUACAUAUCAAAUAAUGAAAGAUGCAAUGCGAACUUUUCUGAAGGAAAAGCAAGAGCAGAUGCUUGUACCGUUUCCAGAAGAGGAACAUUUAAGUACUUGCAUUGAAGAAGAGUGGACUGCUGAAGUACAUUGUGGUUUGCUACAUCAAGUUGUUCAGGUUUACGUGGGAAGUCAUUAUUAUGCAACUUACCUGAAGACUUUGCUGAAGUAUCCCGAACUGCUAUCAAGCCAUAAAGUUCACUGGAUAUAUUAUGGGCAGAGCCUUUUUAUUGCUGGAGAUGGACAGAUCUUCCGCCACAUUCUUAACUUCCUCAGGCUUGACAAAUUGUUUAUCCCAUCUGACUUUAAAGAAUGGAAUUUACUUUGUGAAGAAAUUGAAGAAUUCAGAAUUCCAGCCCUCUCACAGGCACUGCAUCAGUGUGAGACUUACAGAUUAUUAUUUAAGAAAAGUUCACCCAAAAGUGAAGCUUCAUUUUCACCUACAAGGUCAGAUGACAAUACAAACAGUGCUGGAGAGAAAUUGAAAGAUGUUAUAUGGGAGGACCAUUCAUUUUGUGAUACAAUGUCUAAUAAAGGUAGUGUUAUUGCAUGUGAUAAACCAACAAAUAUGCAAGAUAGAAAAAGGAGGACAAUCCCAAAUGAGGUUAAAACAAGUACAGAUAUGGCACAUCCACCAAAUAAAAGGAUACAUGCUUUUAAAAUUGAACAUCAACCUUCUAAGAGUCCUGUUUUUGAUAUGGAUCAGAUUAAUGUCCUCUGUACUUCUAGAAAUCAGCAUAAAAAAGCAGACAAAUAUGUAAAUUCUGAAUAUUCAUUAUCUAUUUGCUCCCCAAUUCAGAAAUUGAUUUCUUUAGUUCAUGGAUGGGAUAUGGCCACUACAAAAAAAUACAGAACCCAGGGCUUGGAUGUAGCCAGUGAUAUAUCCUAUAAAGAAAUAUUGCUGGGCAGUUCAGUGAACAUGGCCAAAGCUAGUGAUGGCACUACUUUUUCUGAAAAAAGAAGAGCUCCUGUUGAAGAAGUUCAGAAUGCAGCACAAAGUACUUUUACUGAAAGCAGCAAAGUUUGGUACUAUAGACUUAGCCAGAGUGAUCCCACAUUAUAUGUUUUCAGUUCUGCUGAAAGGAGGCGCCUGCAUUGUAAACCUAAGAUGAAGUCAGCAUUCAGUGAUUCUUUAAAUAAGAAACAUCAUCAAAGAUGUACAGUUCAUGAAGUUUCAGAUAAUGCCAUUUUACAUGUUUAUAUAGAGCAAGGAGCUGGAGUGGAUACCACUGGAUUUGUUCCCCUACAAGAGCUGACAACAUCUAUUGGAAACUUGUCAGCACUGAUUGAAGUGCUGACAGCACAGAUUUCUGGAAUGGUAUUCAGUGUGAUUUUGGAGUGGAAAAUAGCAGGCAAGUCCUUUGAUGAACAGCUUAAAGGGUUUGAAAAAGAGGUGACUAAACUGCGGAAGCUUCAGAUGGAUAACUGCUACCUCAGAGAAUGUGUUCGCAGUCAACAAAUAUCAAAAGGACUUAGAACCUGGAAAUUUCCAACAGGUACUGUUUAUGGGUCUGAUUUAUAUAAUAAAUUACUUGCCAUGUUCAACAGGCAUAGAUGUGAGCUACUUGAAGUGCUUAUUAGAGACAAUGACAAGAAAAUGGACAGUUUAAAAUCUAGAACUGAUGUUUUGAAUGAAACAUUGCAUAACGACUUGUUAUUUCAGACUAAAGUGAAUGAGUAUAAUGCUGUGUUGGAUAAUGUGGACAAAGCUAUGAUUGUGUUAAAAAACAAAAAGGGCAAUAAACUGGAGAGAGAUAAACUAGAAUAUGAGGAGGGAAGAGAAUACCCAUUGCCUAACAGUAAUAUCAUAAGAACAUACGAUAGACAAGAGGACAAUGACACUAUGGGAGAACCUGGUCUGGGUGAAGAAAACACAAACAAGCCCAUUGAUUACAACGUACCAGUCAAAGCUACAGUUCAGGUGAUUACAAUCACAAUCACAGUGAAAGAGCAAACUGCACAUCCUUUUGGAGAGAAUGCAGUGGGACAUCCAGUUCAUAACAGUGGCUUUCUUCUUAUAGUCGAGCACCCACCAGUAGUAGGAAAUAAUGGGUCAUGCAUUUCCUUCAGCAACAGUAUGAUAUACACUGAAAAACCUGAAGCCACUCACUGUACGUUUGUACUGGAAAAUCAUUAAAGACAGAAGUUAGAAAAUAUUGUUUAUGUGAGUUUUAAUCUGUCUCAUGAGGAGAUGUUAUAUGCCCGAGAAUGCCAUUAUUUUCUGACUGAUGUCAUCACAGACUUCUGCAGACUGAAAAAUCCAAGUGAAAUCCCAAGAAGAAUCAUAUGUCUUGUGAACAGUAUUUGGGCUCUAAGUAAUAAAAAAAUGUGA